CUGAGUUACGGUGUACGUGAACGCCUCUCCAGGACCCAAAUUCUCCAUCUUUCCUCCAAAGAAUCCAACCCAACCUACUGCGCCUGGGCCUUUUAUUACGAUCUGAAACAGGAAUUCACUCUUUUAAACUAUUCACAGAUAAGAAACUGCAGCCAUGACGGACUCCAAGUAUUUUACAACGAACAAGAAGGGAGAGAUAUUUGAGCUGAAGGCAGAACUGAACAAUGAGAAGAAGGAGAAAAGAAAAGAGGCGGUCAAGAAAGUGAUCGCUGCAAUGACCGUGGGCAAGGAUGUCAGUUCUUUGUUCCCAGAUGUGGUGAACUGUAUGCAGACAGAUAACCUGGAGCUGAAGAAGCUCGUGUACCUGUACCUCAUGAACUACGCCAAGAGUCAGCCCGACAUGGCGAUCAUGGCCGUCAACAGUUUUGUGAAGGACUGUGAGGACCCAAACCCUCUGAUCCGUGCCCUGGCUGUGCGCACCAUGGGCUGUAUCAGAGUGGACAAGAUCACGGAGUAUCUGUGUGAGCCUCUGAGGAAGUGUCUGAAGGACGAGGAUCCCUACGUGAGGAAGACCGCCGCCGUGUGCGUCGCCAAACUCCACGACAUCAACGCCCAGAUGGUGGAGGACCAGGGCUUUCUGGACUCACUCCGAGACCUGAUCGCCGACUCCAACCCCAUGGUGGUUGCCAACGCGGUGGCAGCUCUGUCUGAGAUCAGCGAGUCUCAUCCCAACAGUAACCUGCUCGACCUGAACCCCCAGAACAUCAACAAGCUCCUCACCGCCCUGAACGAGUGCACCGAGUGGGGCCAGAUCUUCAUCCUGGACUGUCUCUCCAACUACAACCCCAAGGACGAGCGCGAGGCCCAGAGCAUCUGUGAGCGUGUGACUCCCAGACUGUCCCAUGCCAACUCUGCCGUGGUGCUGUCGGCCGUCAAAGUUCUCAUGAAGUUCCUGGAGCUCCUGCCCAAAGACUCGGACUACUACAACACCCUGCUGAAGAAGCUGUCCCCUCCUCUGGUCACGCUGCUAUCCGGAGAGCCAGAGGUCCAGUAUGUGGCCCUCAGAAACAUCAACCUCAUUGUGCAGAAGAGGCCUGAGAUUCUGAAGCAGGAGAUAAAGGUUUUCUUUGUCAAAUACAAUGACCCCAUCUACGUCAAACUGGAGAAACUGGACAUCAUGAUCCGUCUGGCUUCACAGGCCAAUAUCGCACAGGUUCUGGCUGAGCUGAAGGAGUACGCCACUGAGGUGGAUGUGGACUUCGUGCGUAAAGCUGUUCGUGCCAUUGGCCGCUGUGCCAUUAAAGUUGAGCAAUCGGCUGAGCGCUGUGUGAGCACUCUGCUGGACCUGAUCCAGACCAAAGUCAACUACGUGGUGCAGGAGGCCAUUGUCGUCAUCAGGGACAUCUUCCGCAAGUACCCCAACAAGUAUGAGAGCAUCAUCGCCACCCUGUGUGAGAACCUGGACUCUCUGGACGAGCCAGACGCACGCGCCGCCAUGAUCUGGAUCGUGGGUGAAUACGCCGAGAGAAUCGACAACGCCGACGAGCUGCUGGAGAGUUUUCUGGAGGGUUUCCACGACGAGAGCACGCAGGUCCAGCUGACUCUGCUGACAGCCAUCGUGAAGCUGUUCCUCAAGAAGCCCUCAGAGACCCAGGAGCUGGUGCAGCAGGUCCUCAGCCUGGCCACUCAGGACUCGGACAACCCAGACCUGCGUGACCGCGGCUACAUCUACUGGCGCCUGCUGUCCACAGACCCGGUGACAGCCAAAGAGGUGGUUCUGUCGGAAAAGCCUUUGAUCUCCGAGGAGACGGACCUGAUCGAGCCCACGCUGCUGGACGAGCUCAUCUGCCACAUCGGCUCGCUCGCCUCCGUCUACCACAAACCGCCAAACGCCUUCGUGGAGGGCAGCCAUGGCAUCCACCGCAAACACCUGCCCGUCCAGCACAGCAGUAUCGACACUGGAGAGAGCCCUGUGAGCAGUGGACCGGCCGCGGGGAUAGAGCAGCCUCAUGUCAUUCCGAGUCAGGGAGACCUCCUCGGGGAUCUGCUCAACCUGGACCUGGGUCCUCCGGUCAACGUGCCCCAGGUGUCCUCCAUGCAGAUGGGGGCGGUGGACCUGCUCGGGGGAGGUCUGGACAGUCUGCUGGGGGGAGACCUGGGAGGAGGUGUUGGUGGAAGUCCAGCAGUUGGUCAGAACUUCAUCCCUUCAUCUGUGCCCAGUACCUUUGCCCCCUCGCCCACGCCCGCUCCUCCGGCCGCCUCCAGUGGACUCAACGAUCUGUUCGAGCUCUCCUCCAGCAUGGCCAUCACCACCGGGGGAUACAUGGCUCCCAAAGCAGUGUGGCUGCCCGCGGUGAAGGCCAAAGGGCUGGAGAUCUCAGGGACGUUCUCGCGCAGACAGGGCCACAUGUACAUGGACAUGACCUUCACCAACAAAGCCCUGCAGCACAUGACAGACUUCGCCAUCCAGUUCAACAAGAACAGUUUUGGGAUGAUUCCGACCAGCCCUCUGCCCAUUCACACUCCACUGAUGCCAAACCAGAACAUCGAAGUCUCUCUGCCAAUCAACACCAUUGGUCCAGUCAUGAAGAUGGACCCCCUCAACAACCUACAGGUGGCUGUGAAAAACAACAUAGACGUCUUCUACUUCAGCGUGCUCAUUCCUCUAAACAUAUUCUUUGUAGAAGAUGGAAAAAUGGAGCGACAGGUGUUCCUGGCCACUUGGAAAGACAUCCCUAAUGAGAACGAGCUCCAGUACCAGAUAAAAGAAUGUCAUCUAAACGCAGACACAGUAUCAGGAAAGCUUCAGAACAACAAUAUCUACACCAUUGCCAAAAGGAACGUGGAAGGCCAGGACAUGCUCUACCAGUCUCUCAAACUCACCAAUGGCAUCUGGAUUCUGGCCGAACUGCGCAUCCAACCUGGCAACCCCAACUACACGCUGUCCUUGAAAUGUCGUGCUCCGGAAGUGUCUCAAUACAUCUACCAAAUGUACGACUCCAUUCUGAAAAACUAAAGCACCCGAUGCAGUGUUUUAGCAUUAGCUUAGCAUCAGGCUAGCAUUUAAGCUAAGUCAAUAUUAGCAGUAAUUCCUCUAUACACUCCUCACUUUAAAUCCAUUCCAUUCUUAAAUAUGAUAUUGUCUUAAUGUUGUGCAAAUGAUACAGGUGUUUUUUUCUAUUUUUACGCUUUAUGAUUGGUUCUGGCUUUGCUUCAGUUGUGAAUAAUAAAAACAAAAAACAAAUCUAUAUUAAUGCUCUUCCUGAUUAAAUCCGUUAGCAUCCUGGCUAACAAGCUAGCUCGCUUUAGCUAGUUAGCUUGUCAAGUUUUUUCACUUCCAGCUAGCUUCCGCCUAAUAAACAUUCCUAUUUAUUUGCCCGUCUACCUCUUUGUUUUUCCCUUUUUUAUGCUGCCAUAUUGUUUUAUGUAUUUCACAGGUACAAAUAACCACUCAAAUGUUGCCACUUUUAAAAAUAAUUCUCAAAUAACUGUCGUAUUGGGUAGAACAUGUUAGCAUUAGCGUUUCCUAUUGUAGUCUAUUGGUGAUGUACUGUGCUUAAAAUCAAGAUCAAAUAUUAGGACUCCACGUUGUUUCAUAUCCUUAACAUUGCAUGAAUACUCCGCUAAAUCACAUUCCUGUCUCUAAUCAUUAAAUUACCCUUAUGUAAAUGGUAUAGUAUUUUUGUUAAAGCAGUCCUGUCCUUCAAAAUAAAAGUGUUUUAAUGCCAAAUGUAUGGAUGGAAGUCUUCUACAAUAUCAAUGUGCACUCCUGUGGUAAAUUGUACUUGUCACUGUGCAUUAAUAAAAUCAAAAUUUGUCAAAAUG